ACGUUUAGCCAGUCACACAGGAUCCUCUCGAUGGGCCAACACGCAACAUUUAUCUUUUUAUUACACUUUAAUAAAAAUGAAACAGUUGCGUAAAGAUAUCGAUAAAGAUGGCCGUGGCAAGAUGGUGCUGGUACCUGACGAGGAGGAGGACAUGUGGCACGCCUACAACAUCAUCAACGAAGGCGACUGCCUGCGCACCACCACCACUCGCAAGGUCCAGCAGGAGUCUGCCACCGGCUCAUCAACCUCCUCACGUGUUCGCACCACCAUAACCAUCCAGGUGUUGGACAUCCACUACGACACUUCUGCGUGCUUGCUCAGGGUCAAGGGCCGCAAUGUGGAGGAAAACCAGUACAUCAAGAUGGGCGCCUACCACACGGUGGACCUGGAAGCCAACCAGAAGUUCACGCUCUUCAAGGAACACUGGGACUCGGUGACCCUGGAGCGCGUUGACAAUGCUUGCGACCCAGCCAGGAAUGCAGAUUUGGCCGUAGUGAUGCAAGAGGGUCUGGCAUACGUGUGUCUCAUCACCUCGGCCAUGACAAUUGAACGGGCCAAGAUUGACGUGAACAUCCCCAAAAAAGGGAAGGGGGACGACACCCAGAGAAAAAAGGCAAUCUCAAAGUUCUUCGAUCAGGUGAUGGCAGCUAUCAUGCGUCACGCGAACUUUGACCUCAUGAAGGUUGUCCUCAUCGCUUCCCCGGGCUUUGUCAAGGACCAGUUCUUUGAACACAUGAUGAAGAAUGCAGCGCAGACAGACAACAAAGUUCUCCUGGAAAACAAAGGCAAAUUUGUUCUUGUUCAUUCCUCAAGUGGCUUCAAACACUCCCUCAGAGAGGUGCUAGAAGACCCCUCCUUGAUAGCAAGACUAGCAGACACGAAAGCUGCUGGGGAGACGAAAGCCUUACAACAGUUCAUGACCCUUUUCGGAACCAACCCAGACCGCGCUUACUACGGAAUCAAGCAUGUGGAGAAGGCCAACAAUGCACAGGCGAUUGAGACCUUGCUUGUGUCGGAUACGCUUUUCAGGUCAAAAGACUUGGAUGAGAGGCGCAGGUACAUCCGGCUGGUGGAUGACGUCAAAGACAACGGAGGCGACGUCAAAAUUUUCUCCAGCUUACAUGUGUCAGGGGAACAACUAGACCAGAUGAGCGGUGUGGCUGCCAUCCUCCGUUUCCCAAUGCCCGAAAUCGAGGAAGAGGACCAAGCGGAAGAGUCAGACGAGGAGUGAGGUGGAUUGCGGCACAAGGAAAUAUAUUUUUUUCCCCUCCAACGUUUUUUUUUUUUUUUUUUUUUCUUAAUUUCGAUACGAUAAAAGAUAAUCAAAUGGAUAAUAAACGGAAAUAGAUUUCUUCUCACUCUGUUUCUUUUUUCUCUUUUCUUUUUUUUUUCUUUUUUUUAUUAUUUUUUUUUUUACAAAUUCUUAUAUUCUUAUACGUUUUUACUUUGUUCUUUAUUGUUUUCUUCCUUUAUUUUCUCUUAAAUGUAUCAAUAAUUUUUCUCAGUACAGCGAGUUACAUUUUUUUAUUUGUGUGUUUUUUUUUGUUUUUUGUCUAAAUGACGUUUACUUCUGUUACAAGCUCUAAUGUGUAUUUACCAAAUUAUAGCAUCCACUCUUGAUCUUUAAAUGCUUGAAUUAUAGUUAAAAAGAGAACAGUAAACCAAAGUAUUAGUUUGCACUUCGCCACUUUAAAAAGUCCAUAAAAUCACAUAGUUUUCGACACUUAACUUUUUUCCUUUUUUUUUUUUUUCUUAUUAAUCGCACCAUUGUGAUAGUCUCUAGUUGAAGAUGAGUGGGUUGUGAUCUUGUUAUCAUUUCUUGCUUAUGUCCGGUGAAAGGCAUUGAUGUUUGAUCCGUUGUGAUAGCUCCGCGUUUGUCCUUGUGGAAGUCGGAAUUCCUUUCCCACCCACCCAACCCCCAUGUGGUAGGAAUUCAUGACUCAUUUCUACAUGUUGAGACUGAAUGCGAGGCUAAGCUAUGAGACUGAGGCAUGUGCGAGUGUGCGUGCAUCUUGCGGAUGAGUAAAAGGACCCUCCUUCACUCGGUGUUGAUGUUGCAAUUGCUUCAAAGGCUAAACGAUGAAUUAAUAAUGCCUUAACGUCAUCUGUAAACUACUCAGAUAUGAUCACAUACAAAUAUGAUCAUGUAUCAAUAGUUCAGUUGUGAAAGGGUAAAUAUUUUAAGAUAGUACAUAGGAUCUGUUCUUUCUACAUUUAUGAUCCUGUUAUGUACUUUCCAUUUAUUGUUAUGCAAAAAAAAAAAAAAAAUGUAUGUUUGUACCUUUGUUGAGGUAUGUAUAUGUUGGUGGUUUUAACACAUUGUGGCAAUGGAUAUUUACUUCAUAAAUAUACAAGGCAAUCAGGAUUAGUUGCAAUGUUUUAUUUUUCUUUUCUUUUUUUUUUUACAAUUUGUAAAUUGAUGUCUGUGACCCUUUUAUUUCAUAAAUACCAAAUGAUCUUCAAUUUGUUGGAAGAUAAUAUUACUAUUAUUAUAUUUAUAUUAAAGAAGGACUUUGUAAGAAGGAAUAAACAUUUAGUCAAUAACUAAUCGUCAUAUUACCCCUGAUACUGGGAAUGCAUCUUUCUGACUGUUCUGUAUCAGAAUAGCAAAUAGUUAUUCUAGACAGUUUGAUGAAUCUAACUGUAGUUGACACAUUGAAGCUUAAAUAGAUAGCAAAAAAAUAAAA